AUGAGUGGUCUUUCCAGUAGAGUCAUGAACAUGAAGUUCAUGAAGAAGGCCGAUGCCGUGGACUCCCAAAACAAGGAGGAGGAACACAAGAAGAAGAUCAAAGACAUGUCUGAAUGGGUGCUGCCCUACCUGAAAACAAUGAUAGCCAAGAUGCAGAACGUCAACAAUAUCGAGACUGUUGGGUACGGAAGCAUCAAUGCAUUUGACGGUCCUGCUGACGGCGGAGACAGCUUCUACGGAAAUGUCCCAAGCGCAAGGAGGACUUGGGGCGCACCAAAGCCCGUGGAGCUUGAGGAAUUGAAGGUGAAG